AUCUCGAUCAACGCAAUCACACACAAAGCAAUCAUGGGAGCGAAGGAUUCGAAGCCGUCCUGCAUCAGCUACGAGGAGGCCGUCAAACGAGUGACGGACUCAGAGCUGCGACGAAUCAAGGAUGCGUUUAAACGAUCGGCUGGCACCAGCGGAUCAGUGCUGAGCAAAUGUGCCUUCAUGCAGGAUGUACUCGGCGAUGGGGUACCUUCGGUGGUGGCCGAUUGGCUGUACACGGCGUGCGGCGGUACCGCCAAGGGGAUCGCCUUCAAAGAGCUACUAUGUGGCCUCGUUCUACUGACGAAAGGAACACAGGAUGAGAAAAUCAAAUUUCUUUGGACGCUGUACUGCAACGACUCUGGCACGCAUAUACUCAAACAGGAGUUCCAAAAAGCCAUACAAAUCGAAACUACCUACCAAAGCAAUGCCACCAAUAGCACCAGCAACACCACCAAUUGUAGCAAUAAUAAUAAUAACAAUCAAUCGGUAGUGAAUAGGAACAAUCAGCAGCAACAACAAUUGCACUGGAACCGGUUUCAGGUGUCACUAUUCGGCCAGAGCGAUCGCGUCACGUUCGAGCAGUUCAAAUCAUGGAUACAGAUGCACCGUGGUGCGACGGCGUUGUCUAAGUGGUUGCUACAAGAUGCAUGUGUAAACCUCAGUUCCGAGCUAGAAACGCCUACCUUUUACCAGAGUUUGGCCGGAGUCACCCAUCUGGAAGAGCAGGACAUUGGUGACCUUGAAAAGGUGUUCUGGUUACUGAAGGGUGCCGCCGUCACGGGACAGCUAGAUUUGGAAUCACUCGGGCCGCUGGUCAGUCCACCCGUUCCAAAAGCGGCCCUUGGUGGUGUAUUCCUCGCCUUCGACGAGAACCACGACGGACACAUUGAUUUCAAAGAGCUGUGCUGUGGUGUGAGCGCCGCCUGUCGAGGCCCCAGCGUAGAACGGAGCAAGUUUUGCUUCAAAGUGUUCGAUAUUGAUCGUGAUGGAGUGUUGAGUUUUGUGGAGAUAAGGCAGAUGAUCGACAUAUUGCUGUCGGUGGCUCGCGAAGCAAAUGUAAGUGUAUAUCGGAAUCUGAACCACGACAAGGUGCUUGCCGAGCUGUAUCGACGAGCAACGAAGGGAAAUAGAUGUAAAGAAAAUGCCAGCGAGGCCGAAAGGAUGUCGUCGCUGGACAGUGCCUGUGCAGCGAAUAUCCCCGAGUUUAAGUUCACUCAAGAAGAUUUCCUGAUUUGGAGCAUCGAAAGCAGUUCGAAUCUGGUCCAACCAUUUCUAGACCUCCUGUUCGAAGUUUGUCACAUAGUGUUGGGGUUGCGUCCCCAGUGCCGUCAUCUCGAAGGUGACAUAGUGCGUGGUUGGUUGUCGCGAGAGGUCCGUCGUGGUUAUAAAGUUGGACAGUUUUGGUAUCUGAUAUCGUCAGACUGGUGGCAGCAUUGGUCACAGUACACGCAACUGUCAUCGCCCAGUUCCUCCUGUGUGCAUUGUAAGACGACAGGAACAAGCUAUGCGAACAAUCGCACCAAUGCCAGUGCUGGAGGGGUGCACUCUCUGAUGCCCAACGGCGGAGGUGGUACAAGCGCCGGAACGGUAGAUGAAGCAAUGAUCUGUGAUGAAAGCUUUACGUCCAACUCGACCGAGAGUAUGGGCGAUUUACUGGGAGCGGGGGAUUCUUCUAGUCUGGGUUCGGGGAGCAGUGGAAUUUCGUACGGUCGGCAUGCGGGCAGUGCGCCUGGUCCGAUCGAUAACAGUUGCCUAAUAGCGCCGAACAUUUACAAACAAAUACCGACACUGACCGGUGAAGGUGGUCGCUUGAAGCGAGAUCUGACCUUGGUGCAGCAUCGCGACUUUGAAUUAGUUCCGGAUUCGCUGUGGAAAGCAUUAGCCCAAUGGUACGGUGGUCCGCUGCCCUUGCCAAGACAGGUCAUUCAACCUCACAGUAUUGGGGAUGUUGAAUUGGAACUUUAUCCGUUGAACUUAAGGAUACUACGCCAUCAAAACCAACCAGCACAGCAACAGCAUGGUCAGAUGGCUGGAAGUAGUGCUUGGGCCAGCAUGUCUGGAGGAUAUGGUGCAUUAACUACGGGCAGCUAUCCAACCACGGUUUCUUCGGUACCAGCCGUUUUACAUCCGCCGAAGAAAUAUCUCGCUUACACGGCUGCCUUCAGUCGUUUGGCAACUAUAAAGCAGGUAGCCGAGUUCCUAUGCCAAAGAUUGAAGCUAAAACCGGAGGAUAUUCGGCUCUGGCAUCUCGUACCGACACCUACUGGUAUCAGCGAAUUCCCUUACCUGCUGGAGGAAGAUCAGUUGACGCUGCAUGAGCUAUCGAUUGGUGAUACUGAUCAGAUUCUACUGGAGAUCCGUAACAAAGAUCUUACCUGGCCGGAGGAGCUCGGUUCGUUGGCACUUUCGCAGGGCUCCGGAGGCACUAGUUUGGAUCGGCGAGGUACAAUUGCUUCGAUCCAAUCGCAACAUCCUCCAGGUGCGACAGGGCUGCACAAUCUAGGCAAUACAUGCUUCAUGAAUGCAGCUCUCCAGGUCCUGUUCAACACCCAACCACUUACGCAGUACUUCAUUCAGAAGAAGCAUCUGUACGAGCUGAAUACAACGAACAAGAUGGGUACGAAAGGACAACUAGUGCUUCGUUACGCAGAACUGUUGCGCGAUGUAUGGACGGCCUCGACACGUUCUAUUGCUCCACUGAAGUUACGCUUUUGUGUGACAAAGCAUGCGCCUCAGUUUUCAGGCGGAGGGCAGCACGAUUCUCAGGAACUGCUCGAUUGGUUGCUGGAUUCGCUUCACGAGGAUUUGAAUCGCGUGAUGGAGAAGCCGUACACGGAGUUGAAAGAUUCGGAUGGACGUUCGGAUGUGAUCGUGGCGACGGAAGCAUGGAGUCAGCACCAUGCUCGCAAUCAAAGUAUAAUUGUUGACUUGUUUUACGGACAGUUGAAGUCGAAGGUAACAUGUCAGGGUUGUGGCCGAGAUUCGGUCCGAUUCGACCCGUUCAGCUUGCUAAGUUUACCGCUUCCUGUGGAGAAUUACACAUACUGUGAAGUGCUCGUGAUGCUACUGGACGGCUCUGUACCGGUGAAAUAUGGUUUGCGGAUGAAUUCCGAAAUGAAAUACUGGGAUCUCAAGAAACAUCUGAGUGAAUUGUGUGGUCUAGAGCCGGAUCAAAUGCUGAUCUGUGAACUAUCGAACUCGCAAAUACGACUCAUCCUGCCUAACGAGAUUCGAAUUAAGCCGAGUACUGCAUGUGAGCUGUAUGCGUACGAGCUGCCAAAGGUCGACAGUGUGCUCCGAUCUCGCGCUGGCUCUGAGUUGGCCAUUAACAUCGAAAAAGGACUCAAGGAUAUUCAGCGGAAUCAAGCUCUUCUAAUACCAUCAUUAGACCCGCACCAGCUUACGACAAGCUCGAUCAACACCACAAUCUCGUCCACAUCGUCGUCAGCGUCCUCCUCCUCGACGGCCACGACUGACGAUACGACCGCCAUUACCGGACGUAAGCCGGGAUCCGCUACAGGUGGUGGAUCUAAGCCGUUAACGAACGGAGUUCUCUGUAAUGGCGGAUCAGCCGGAGGAGGAGGUGUCGAUGGUGGAGGCAGCAACGGAGCGACGGUGGCUAACCGCAGGACUUCGGCCACGUCGAAGGUAAGCCGGUGCUUUGGCAACACACUCUGCAUGCCCCCGAAUAUGUUGUGCUUCAAGCACAUCCCGGAAAUCAGCACUAGCCCAGACAGUACGUUUGUAUAUGGUGCAGGACAGUACAACGAGCUGACCGGGUACGGUAGCAAUGGGUACGGGAACAGUGUAAUCGGCAAUCAGAAGCUUCACACGCAUGCCACACAGCAGCCAUCGAAAGAUCCCAACCGAUCGAAAACGAUAUCGACGACCAAUUUGUUGAACAACGCCGAUAACGGUUGGAGCAGUGGUAACGGCGUUGGGUGCGACUUGUCGAAUACGCACCAUCUGCAUCACCCGUACGAAUGUACCGAUUGCGAUAAUAUCUACAUGGGAGAGGACAUGCCACCGUACGGCGAUCCACAGCAGGGUGAUGCGAUAAGCCUAAGUGCAAUUAGUAAGCGACCGCAUGGUUUUGCUGGCGGAACAGCGGGUCUGCGUAAGACGAACUAUCUGAUAGCGGUCCAUCGAAAGCUAAGCAGACAGGAUACGUAUUUCCUGUCGCAUCACAAAUCGAAACCGGGGCUGUUCGGUGUACCACUGCUGAUUCCUUGCUACGACGGAGUCACCAACAAAGAGCUGUACUGUUCCGUUUGGUUGCAGGUGGCCCGUUUACUCAGUCCACUGCCACCAACGCCGCCAGACCAAUCGAACCAUGCCACCGACUGUGAUGAUAGUCUAGGGUACGAUUUUCCGUUCACGUUGCGAGCAGUAGGAAGCGGCGGUCGUAUGUGUGCCCUCUGCCCGUGGUCACGUUUUUGCCGUGGUUGUGAGAUUCCGUGCAAUGAUGAACCGCUGCUACAGGGACUGAUUUGUUCGGCACCCGGCUCAACUAGUAAUAGCUCCACACCAAAUCUAUCUUCACGCGAACAAACACCGACCUUGCGGCGGAAGGGAUAUGCGGCUAGUUCGUCCGGGAGCUCGUCGUUAGAUGGAGCUACCAACCAGCCACAGCAACCAUCCUCGAUGGGUACGUUGCCGACGACGUCAACGUCGUCGCCGGUUGCAUCAUUGCAGAGUUCCAUCAAUGCACGAUCCAUCCAGAUUGCCAUAGAUUGGGAUCCAACAGCACUUCACUUACGUUACCAAAGCACACGCGAACGGCUAUGGACCGUACACGAAUCGGUGGCGAUAUGCCGCAAACAACAAACAGAACCCGUGGAUCUGGAUCACUGUCUGCGGGCCUUUACCUCAGAAGAAAAGCUAGAACAAUGGUACCACUGUUCGCAUUGUAAACAGAAAAAGCCAGCCACUAAAAAGCUGCAGAUCUGGAAAUUACCUCCCAUUUUGAUUGUGCAUUUGAAGCGCUUCAACUACGUCAGUGGCAAAUGGGUAAAGUCGCAGAAGGUAGUCAACUUCCCGUACGAAGGCUUCGAUCCAACACCCUAUCUUGCCUCCGUGCCGCAGGAGACAAUCCUACGCCACCGCGAUCUGCUCGAAGGUUUAUCCGCUGGUCCGCGUGGCGAUGGACGCAAUCGAGACUGUCACGAAGAGUUUGUAGAGUUCGAUCGGGAAAUGUCCAUGAUCGAUGAAGCGAGCGAUGAGAUUUCACUAUCAUCUCUGCGAAUAAACGGUGCGCGGGAUAGCGAAGGCGGUGGUGAUAGUGACGAUUGCGGUAACAGCGAUCGCCGACAGGACGAAUUAGAUGGCAAACCGCGGAGCAGUAUUAUAACACCGGCCGUUGUCGGUUUCAAUCAUGUGUCGAGUCCUCGUCAGUUGCCGGAUGGAGAUGUGCUGGGCGGCGGUUGUAGUUCCUCAGUCGGUAAUGAAAGCACUACCGCAUCCUCGUCUGUGCGAAUAAGGUCGGCAUGUUCGGUGCGCAGCAGUGAUUCUACUCGUCGACAGCGACUAGUGUCCACUAGUCUUACCAAGACUCCGAUCAUUGAUGGGGAACUGACAGAUUUCCACAAACAUCAUCUGAAGCCCGAAUGUGAUCCGUUCGAGUUAAACUAUCAGCUUUAUGCUGCUGUGUGCCAUUCGGGAAUGCUUAACGGUGGACACUACAUCUCCUAUGCGGCCAAUCCGAACGGUUCGUGGUACUGCUACAAUGAUAGCUCCUGUCGCGAAAUACCCACACGGCCAAAGAUUGAUCCCAGCACGGCCUAUCUGCUGUUUUACGAGCGACGCGAUCUGGAGUAUGGACCGUAUCUACCUAAAGUAGACGGAAGGCAAUUGCCCAGCGAAGGCCUCCUUGACCUCGAUGACAGUGAUAAUGAUUUAAAGAAAAUGUGUUCGCUUAUGUAA